GCCCCUGGGGGGGUAGGUGAAGGGCGAAGUGGAGCAGACAGGAGUCUUUAACUACGUGAUGGCUGGGGCCGGGUCUGUGCUACUUAAGCGGGAGUUCUUUACGGAGGCGGAGGAGCACAGUGUGCUGGGGCGCCCGUCCAUCCCCAUCACCUGCCCCGUCCGGCUGCUCCACGGCAUGCAGGACCAGCUCGUACCGUGGGGCACGGCCGUGCAGGUGGCUGAGCAGCUGCAGAGCCAGGAUGUCCGCGUCACGCUGUUCAAGGAUGGGCAGCACGGCCUGAAGGGAGCGGAGGAGGUGAGGGUGCUCGUGGGGACGGUCAGGGACCUUGCUGAGAGCCAGGCCUGAGAGAGAGACUGGAAGCAGCUGUGGGGACAGAGCCUGCUGAUGGGGCAGCAGUGACCAGACAAGAAGCCAGGGCCACGGCCACGCUGAACCUAGCCCCGUCUAAUCCGUUAAUGAAGAGAUUGCGUAGUGCUGGGUCCCCACUGCCCAGGGCACCCGGAAGGCCCAAGCUGACCCCAUUAGCACCAGGAGGUGCUCAGAGUGUUGGCUUGCUAAUGAGCUCCUUGCAGGGGGUGAGGUGACUGCACCUGGCUGGUAGCGCUGCGAGUCUGCGAAUGGCCAGUGAAUCUGGAAAGCGGCUGCCGGGGGGAUUGGCAGCCACAGGGAUUGAACAUGGGGUCUCUGGGUCUAGACUAGAAAAAUGGCUCAACACGCUGCCCUCCCCCCUCACAAAAACACCUGAGAAAACCCAAAAAGGGCUCAGGUUUUUGAGAAAAACAUUAAACCUUUCCUGAAAAAAUUCAGUGAUGCUGCAUUGUUGGGGGAGAACAGGCUCCGGGAAGAGGGUUGAACAUUCAACAGUCCCCCGCGGAGUUCCCAGCGCUGUUCCACGGCCCAAUGCCCAUG